AUGCCUGUCAAGUCCUCGGAUAUCCUUUUAAUUAUUGUUGCUAUUCUCUUUCCGCCUGCAGCUGCCUUCUUCGUCUCUGGCUGUGGUGCUGACCUUCUCAUCAACUUCCUCUUGACUCUCAUCGGCGCUUUCCCUGGGCACAUUCACGCUUUCUGGCUUAUUUACAAAAAAAUCAAGGCGGAAGAGUUGUAUGGUCCGGGGGGGUACGAAUAUGUGGGAUACGGUUACUAUCAGCCCGUUCUCAACUCUGCGCCGUAUCAAGCACCUCCUUCUUAUGGCGCCACAAAUGCAUAG